AUGGCUCCUAACCAGGCGUUCAUGGCCGAGCUGGUCAUUUUAAUUCGCCACGAGUUCCGCCUGUGUAUGGAGCAAAAUAGUCUCAUGCGCGAGAAGUGGGCCGAAGUGAGAAUGUUAGACUUCAAUCUCUGGGUCGCCGGAAUGGGCGCAACAGCCGGAAAAAAGGCUUCGCUUGAUGCUAGGCUUCAGGCCCUGCCAGACAUGCUAUCGACGCUGAAGCACUUGCUUUCCUCGCUCAAGAGCACUUUGAUGGACUGCCGGAGGCUCUAUGGCAAUGAGCUUGAGGAGUCAAUGGAAAUUGUCGACUUAGUCAUCGAGAACUUGGCCAUGCUCGCCACCGUUAUCAGACGCACAGGAAAGCGAUCGCGUCUUAGGAGGGCAGACCUGACGUUCGACCCUCAAAGGCAAACACGACUCCGAAGGCAUUUUGAGUGCAUUGUGCUUCUCCGGCCGACAGAGAAUGCCCUCUUCCGACCGGUGUCCUCGACGACUAUUGCUGAGGAUUGGAUGAGUGUAGUACCCAAUUUUGCCGAAGGAAGUGGCCAUUUGACACCCCUCCAGACGCGGCUUAUCAACGCCAAUCUCAGGCGGAGGUACUGGUUUCUCUGUGCUCAAAGACAUUCGGACAAGCUUGCUCGUCCUCAGACUUCAGCGGGACCACAGGCUUCCACACCUAGAGUAGGAACGCCGACAAUAUCACCUGUGGAAGGCUCCGUGUCUAGACCGUCAGACACGCCCUCCUCAAAAUUAGCCAGUUCCAAAGGUUCGAAGCACCCAGACAAGGAGUCCACGUUGCCCGGUUUGUCGACAGUAGCAUCGACUGUCGAGAUCACAAACCCUUCUGCAGAAGAUGAAGUUACUAUACCAGGGGUACCUCAGACAAGAAUCACUGCCAUCACAGCUGCAGCCCAGUAUCCGAGCCUCAUGAAAUCUUGUGAUGACGAGCUCAAGGGACGCAAGAUUCUCAAAUGUCCUUGUUGUUGCCAGCCUCAGCCCGAAACCAUGGCCAAGAACACCAAUGCAUGGAAGUAG